CUCGGUAAAUAUUUGAGUUCAACAAAAUGGCAACUAAUGACACUGUUCCGACUGUAUAAUUGGUCGGCGGGAGAGACGACGGACGGCGGCUUCUCUCACCGGCGCCGCCAGAGGAAAUUGACCGGAGAUAAUCAGAAGCCGAUAGAUUCCUACAAGGCAUGGCUGCCAAACUGCCUUUACAAAGCUGUCCCACAAUUUCUAAGCAUUUGAGUGCUGAUCAAAUGGGAUCAAGAUUUAAUGGAGCUGUCUGCCUUAGGAGAGCUGCACAUUCAAUAGGCAGAAUCAUGCAUUUCCAGCUAUCUUUUACUAAUAUUAUCCAGCCUUAUUCUUUCAGAAAUUUCAAGAGGCGGGCAUGGUCUAUAAGAAGUGCUGCAGAUGGCAGUGGACUAGAUUCUUCUCCUACAACCAGCGGUAGCAGUGGAACUCGACUUAUUAGGGCCAUAGAGGCUCUUCUAGUCAAACUAGAUGCCAGAAUUAAGGUGUUGAGAAAAAACCUACCAAUGAAGUUGCUGUUUUUCUUAGUGGGUUUCUAUUGUGCAACCGCAUUUGCCACUGUAAUAGGGCAGACAGGUGAUUGGGAUAUUAUUUCUUCUGGAUUAGCUGUGGCUGUGGUAGAGGGCAUUGGAGCUCUCAUGUAUAGAUCUAUUCCUUUAAUUGAUGGGGUAAGGGGCAUCAUCAUUAUGUUCAAUUAUUGGAAAACUGGGCUGACUCUUGGUCUAUUCCUUGACUCUUUCAAGUAUUAAGGCGGAGAUGAGGAGAGAAGUGUUCAGAAAUCAUAAUGCCAUUGAAAUUUCAUAGUUUAUCUUUUGCGUUUUUGUAGGCAAAUUCAUGUUAUCAGAGGGUAAUUAUACAUCUUUUGCAGGAUGUCUGUUGUACAGGGUCUCCAAUGAUACAGCAUAUACGUCACUUGUACAUGGGAGGCAUCCCUAGUUUGGUGCCACAUUAAUAAAAUGUAUACGGAAAUAUAGUUUGAUCUUUCAGUUUUAUACUAUCUUAUUUAAUCAACAUCGUGCUCCUGGAUGUUAGCACGAUGUUAAUGGAGUUAGAUAAAGCUUGUAUUGAUUAGUGUUAUACGAAUAAGUUUCAUCUUAUGAUAGGAC